UUGAGCACAGUAGAGCAGAGCCAAGCUGUCUGCCCACCAUUCAGCUGCUGGGCUUCAGCACAUUUGUCAGUGUCGCUGGUGAUUUGUGGAUAGCCACAGCAGAGAGCUGGGAUGUGUUUGUUUCGGCCUCCUUUUGUGGGAGCACUGACCUUGGACCGAAUGAGGAGGCAGUGACGUGCUGCUGCUGCCUGGUGUCCCUGUUCCUUCAGAUACUCCUUGCAGCAGAAUGCUCUGAGGAAACUAAGGCAGGGAAGAGAGGAACGACUUGCACUCAAGGAGACAAUGGAGAAAUAGAGUUCUGGUUCCAGUUCCCGUGUUCUCUCUGAAUCAUUCUCUUCCUUAAAAAAGUGGAGGGAGAAAGAGUUUUCAGACAAAACAUAAGGCCUCAGCCAACAGAGCUUCCCCCAUUUGCUUCCAGGAUUUAGCAAUCCAGAAGGCUGUCUGUAAGCAAGACCCUUGCAAUGGGACUGUCAACAGGGCUGCAGUAAGAACACUGCAUGGUCCAAAGGGGGAUUAUUUACUGGAAGCAGCUCCUUCUGAAAAUUGAAAGGCUUGAUUUACAGGGGACUGGUAACAAAAAUUUACAUGCUUAUCAAAGGGUUUUUUUCACUGUGAUCAAGAUGACAGCAGUCCGUGCAUCUUACACUGUUCCUCCAUUAAACACCUUGUGUCCUUCUACAGCUGAUUUUGAUGAAAUUUGUUUAAACCUCUGCAUGAAGAGAGAAUUGCCAAUUUUUUUCUGGCACAUCCUAUGGCUUCAUGACUGAUGCUGAGUAAAAUAUCACAAAUACUUAUUUUCUCUUCUCAAAAUCACCUGAAAAAAAGACAAGAGUACUUUUACAUAAUUUUAUCCUCCUAUACAGUCCUGACUUAUUCCUGAAGCAUAGGACCCUAUUUUCUGGGCUUUGAGCCACUUUAAACAUAAAAGUUAACUUAAAAAUGUAACUAUACCUCAGUGUCAACUUAGUAUUUCAUAGUCUAGAGGUGUGAUACAUAACCCAAAAAUCUGCUGGUAUAAUGUGACAAAAGUGUCUUACUUUUUGAUGUGGACUGUGACCAGUGUAGACCAACCUUUUCCUGCCUCCACAGAGCUCAUGAGCUGUCAAGCUGCAGAGCUAACCCACCUCACUGGGGACAGUUCAGUAAACAACACACAUGGGCUCCUGUGUGUCCUUGGCACCUCCAACUUCAGACAUCCACAGCAAGCUGCCUUUGGAAUAAGGUUUCUUCUCAUGCUAGGCUUCUGACUUGCUCUAGAAUUGCUUUGAAAGGCAGGACCCAUUGUUUUCUUUGGUCCAUGGAAUUCCCAUUUUUUCAUGGAAAAAUAACAAGAAGAACCUGUGAAGAGUUGCUGAGCAAGAAGAAAAAGAAUGGCAGCUAUUUAAUACGGGAGAGUGAGAGUGUGGAAGGAGCCUUGUGUCUCUGUGUUUUCUUUGAGGGCCUCAUCUACACUUACCGUAUCUUCAGAGAAGACCAAGGAUAUUUUAGAAUACAGACUUCUGAAGGUGUUCCAGAGAGGACCUUCAAAACAUUAAAGGACUUAAUAUAUGCUUUUGAAAAGCCAAAUCAAGGACUGAUAACAAAGCUCCGCUACCCGGUGAAGAAACCGAAGGCCUUGCAAGGAAGCCAGAGGUUCAAGUCAGAAAUGGACAAUGUUUAUGAUGAAGCUGAUGACAGCGCUGAUUAUGUUGAUGUCCUGCCCUGAAGGAUCCGUGCCUGAUGGUUUCGGAAGCUGCCAUUCCAGGACAUGCCCUGGCACAGGGCCUCAGCUGAGGAGAGCUUCCAGCUGGGUGUCCUCUGCUCUACAUCUGGAAUUACCUCCUCCUUUUGCAGACUGGCAGAGCAGCUGCAUCUUCAACCAGUAGAUCCAGUACAAGCUAUAAUGCACGUUUGCUCAGCAAUAAAAGAAGCAUUUUUGUUACAGACACAAACACACACACGUAGGUAUGGGGGCAGGAGUCCAUGUAUGUGUCUUCUGGUGGUUUUUAACCAGCAAAUUGUCCAAGAUGUUGACUGCUAGAGUGAACAUUCUGCUAGAGGGCAGCAAUAUAAAUAUAUUAAAUGAAAAGGCAUAAAGCAGUAAUUUAUGGCAGAAUUGAUAGGUGUUGAUAAAAAUCAUAUAUGACAAAACUAUUAGCAUUUUAAGAUGCUUUAAAACCCCCAAACUCUGUUAUUUUGCAUAUAAUUCAUGUUACCGAUGAGGUUGGAGGAGUGAAUAGUAUUUCAGCAAUGUCAAGGAAUACUAGUAGUCAGUAGCUUGAAUAAUGCAAAUUAAGACAAAAAUGCUGUGUUAAAUCCAUGCCAUAAAAAAUAAAUAACCAACCAGAGGAAAAUGCUUUGAAAUAUUUUGACGUUGAGGAACGGCUCUGGCAGAUUACAAGAGGAUUACAAGUUGUACAUACAUGUCAGCAUGAACACAUCCUUUUUUUAAUAGGUUCUGUACUUAUGGGAAUACUUACUCCAUUUGAUUUUCUACUUCCAUUAGUUCUGUAUUAUGUAUAUAUCUUUUGUUGUUUACUUGUUUUUAAUGCAAAAAUUUGCU